GUGGGUGUAGUCCUAGUUGAGGCUCUCUGAACCUCCAGGGUUGUACUGGGGCCCCAGGCGGUAGCCACGUUCAGAAUCUGGCUUGAUGCCAGGGGAGGGAGCUCGGGUUUCAUUUCCACCAACCCUCCUGCUUGGGCCGCAGCCGCCGCCGCGAUGCCCAGUAAGUUCAGCUGCCGGCAGCUCCGGGAGACGGGCCAGUGCUUCGAGAGUUUCCUGGUCGUUCGCGGACUGGACACGGAGACAGAUCGCGAGCGGCUGCGGGCCGUUUAUAACCAGGACUUCAAGAUCAGCUUUGGGACCCCCGCCCCUGGCUUCUCCUCCAUGCUGUAUGGAAUGAAGAUUGCAAAUCUGGCCUACGUCACCAAGACUCGGGUCAGGUUCUUCAGACUCGACUGCUGGACCGAUGAUGUGUUGCUCUCAGAAAAGAGGAAAAUGAAGCUGGGGUCAGAUAUCAGCAAACACCACAAGUCACUACUAGCAAAGAUCUUUUAUGACAGGGCUGAGUAUCUUCACGGCAAACACGGAGUGGAUGUGGAGGUCCAAGGGCCCCAUGAAGCUCGAGAUGGGCAGCUCCUUAUCCGCCUGGAUAUGAACCGCAAGGAGGUGCUGACCAUGAGGCUUCGGAAUGGAGGAACCCAACCUGUCACCCUCACCCACCUCUUCCCACUCUGCCGAACAUCCCAGUUCUCCUUCUACAAUGAAGACCGGGAACUGCCCUGCCCACUGGGCCCAGGGGAGUAUUAUGAGCUCCAUGUCCACUGUAAAACCAAUUUCGUGGGCUACUUCCCAGCCACAGUGCUCUGGGAGCUGCUUGGACCUGGGGAGCCAGGUUCAGAAGGAGCUGGCACUUUCUACAUCGCCCGCUUCUUGGCUGCUGUGGCCCACAGCCCCCUGGCAGCCCAGUUGAAGCCCACAGCCCCCUUCAAACGGACCCGGAUCGCUGGGACCCCUAUGACGACCAAACGGAUAGAGGAGGGAGAGAGACCUGACCGUGCUAAGGGCUACGACUUGGAGCUGAGCUUGGCACUGGGGACGUACCAUCCACCAGCCCGCCUCAGGCAGCUGCUCCCCAUACUUCUUCAGGGAACAAAUGUCUUCACUGCCCCAAAGGAGAUCGCUGAGAUCAAAGCUCAGCUGGAGACCUCACUAAAGGAACGGAACUAUGAGAUGAAGCUCCGGCUGCUGCUACACCUGGAGGAGUUGCAGAUGGAGCAUGACAUCCGGCAUUAUGACCUGGAGUCUGUACCCAUGACCUGGGACCCCGUGGACCAGAACCCCAGACUGCUUACACUGGAGGUCCCUGGGGUGGCUGAGAGCCGCCCCUCAGUGCUGCGAGGUGACCAUCUGUUUGCCCUUCUGUCCUCUGAGACAAACCAGGAGGACCCAGUCACCUACAAGGGCUUUGUGCACAGGGUAGAAUUGGAUCGUGUCAAGCUGAGCUUUUCCACGAGCUUACUGAGCCAAUUUGUGGAUGGGCUGACUUUCAAGGUGAAUUUCACCUUCAACCGCCAGCCCCUGCGGGUUCAGCACCGGGCCCUGGAGCUGACAGGGCGCUGUCUGCUGUGGCCCACGCUUUUCCCUGCGGCUGCUCGUGGGAUCCCUCUGCUACCCUCAGAUGUGAAGCUCAAGCUAUACGACCGGAAUCUGGAGUCAAACCCAGAGCAGCUGCAGGCCAUGAAGCACAUUGUUAUGGGUACCACCCGUCCAGCCCCCUACAUCAUCUUUGGGCCUCCAGGGACGGGCAAGACUGUCACCUUAGUGGAGUCCAUCAAGCAGGUGGUAAAGCACUUGCCCAAAGCCCACAUCUUGGCUUGUGCUCCAUCCAACUCAGGGGCUGACCUCCUCUGUCAGCGCCUCCGGGUUCACCUUCCCAGCUCCAUCUAUCGCCUCCUGGCUCCUAGCCGGGAUAUCCGCCUGGUACCCGAGGACAUCAAGGCCUGCUGUAACUGGGAUGCUAAGAAGGGGGAGUAUGUUUUUCCCUCCAAGAAGAAGCUGCAGGAAUAUCGUGUCUUAAUUACCACCCUCAUCACUGCCAGCAGGUUGGUCUCAGCCCAGUUUCCCAUUGAUCACUUCACACACAUCUUCAUCGAUGAGGCUGGCCAUUCCAUGGAGCCUGAGAGUUUGGUGGCCAUAGCAGGGCUGAUGGAAGUCAAGGAAACAGGUGAGCCAGGAGGGCAGCUGGUGCUGGCAGGAGACCCUCGACAGCUGGGGCCUGUGCUGCGCUCCCCGCUGACCCAGAAGCACGGACUGGGUCACUCUCUGCUGGAGCGGCUGCUCACCUACAAUAGCCUGUACAAGAAGGGUCCCAGUGGCUAUAACCCCCAGUUCAUCACCAAGCUGCUACGCAACUACAGGUCUCACCCAACCAUCCUGGACAUUCCUAACCGGCUAUAUUAUGAAGGGGAGCUGCAGGCCUGUGCUGAUAUUAUGGAUCGAGAACGCUUCUGCCGCUGGGAGGGUCUGCCACGGAAGGGCUUCCCCAUCAUUUUCCAUGGUGUGAUGGGCAAGGAUGAGCGGGAGGGCAAUAGCCCGUCCUUCUUCAACCCUGAAGAGGCCGCCACAGUGACUUCCUACCUGAAGCUGCUCCUGGCCCCCUCCUCCAAAAAGGGCAAAGCCCGCCUGAGUCCCCGAAGUGUGGGCGUCAUCUCCCCCUACCGGAAGCAGGUGGAAAAAAUCCGUUACUGUAUCACCAAACUUGACAAGGAGCUUCGGGGACUGGAUGACAUCAAGGACUUGAAGGUGGGCUCCGUGGAAGAGUUCCAAGGUCAAGAACGCAGUGUCAUCCUCAUCUCCACCGUGCGAAGCAGCCAGAGCUUUGUGCAGCUGGAUCUGGACUUCAACCUGGGUUUCCUUAAGAACCCCAAGAGGUUCAACGUGGCUGUGACUCGGGCCAAGGCUCUACUCAUCGUAGUGGGCAACCCCCUUCUCCUGGGCCACGACCCCGACUGGAAAGCAUUCCUGGAGUUCUGUAGAGAAAACGGGGGCUAUACCGGUUGCCCCUUCCCUGCCAAACUGGACCUGCAGGAAGGACAGAACUUACUCCAAGGUCUGAGCAAGCUCAGUUCCUCUACCUCAGGAUCUCACUGUGGAGACUCCGUCCCUGCAGAGCAGGAGGGUGAAGGGGGCCUAUCCCUGCAAGUGGAUCCAGCCUGGAGGAGCGAGCUCUGAAGACAUAGCUGAUUGCCUUCACAGACCAGCCAAGCAAGCCUUAAGCGUCUGACCCACAACCAGAACCCUGCCUGAACCAGAACCCAGCUGUUCCCCUCAUGGGACAGGAGGCUGGAGGAGGGAGUUUACAACCCAAGCCAUUCCACCCCAUCCCCUGCUGGGGAGAAUGACACACCAAGCUGCUAACAAUUAGGGGAGGGGAGGGAACUCUGAAAAUGAAAAUCUUGUUCUAUGC